UUUGGUCAUCAGUCGACCGAGUUCGGUACGAAGUGAUCGUCAAAUUUUUAUCUUCGGAUCCCAACACAGACCUCGUUCGCGAUGAGAUCGUUGGUGGUGUUGUUCGCCCUUGUCGCCGCGGCGGUGGCGGCUCCCAGCGUGGAGAAGAGGUCGAUUGGGCACGUCGCCCUCGCCUACUCCCUGCCGUCGGCUGUGUCGCACCAGUCGAGGGUAGACGUGCACUCUUCCCCCGCGGUCGCUGUCUCCGCCCCCGUGGAAGUGGUUGCUCCAGUGGAAGUCGUCGCUGAGCCUGUGGUCGCUGCUCGCACUGUGGUCGCCGCUCCUGCUGUAUACAGCGGUGCUUCAGCUGUAUCUCACCAGUCUCGUGUGGACGUGCACAGCUCUCCGGCCGUCGUCACCAGCUACGCUGCUCCCGUCGUCGCUGAGCCUGUGGUAGCUGCCCGCACUGUUGUCGCUCCUGCUGUAUACAGCAGUGGCUCUGCUGUGUCUCACCAGUCCCGCGUGGAUGUGCACCACUCACCGGCUGUGGUCACCAGCUACUCUGCUCCCGUUGUGGCUGAGCAGGUGGUAGCUCCCGCCGCUGCCGUGGUAGAGGCUCGUUCUGUAUACGCGCCUGUAGCUACCGUGUACUCCGGUGCAUCGGCCGUGUCUCACCAGUCCCGUGUUGACGUGAAGUCGUCCCCGGCUGUCGUGUCUCAGCACGUGGUGGCUCCCGCCGUACUCGAAGCCCGCUCAGUGUACGCCCCCUCCGUCUACGCUUCCUACUGUCCAAUAGCGAGGGAAAAGUAUCAGUCAGCCGUUACACGGUUUGAAGUGAUCUUGUGUAUCGUCGAAUUUCACAACACAGACCACGUUAAAAUGAAUACGCUGGUGGUGUUCUCUGCCCUGUGCGCUGUGGCUUGCGGCUCCCUGGUGCCGCUAGCGCAGCCCGCGCACCACGCGGCGCUAGUGCUGGACCCGCACGGCCGGCCGCUCGACACCGCCGAGGUGAUCAACGCCCGCGCCCUGCACCUGCAGGCUAAGGCUCUGGACGGACACUACGCUCCCCUCGCGCACGCUGCCGUCGUGCCCUACGCGCACUCCGUGGUCGCGCCCGCCGUGCUGGCCGCGCCCGCCGCCGUCUCCCACCAGUCGCGUGUGGACGUGCGCAGCAGCCCCGCCGUCGUGAGCUCCGUCGUCGCCGCUCCCGUGCUGGCGCACGCCGCCUACUCCUCUCCCCUGCUGGCCCACUCCGCCCUCGCUCACUCGCACUACCUGAAGAAGCGCUCCCUGGGACACCUCGCCUACGCCGCUCCCGUGGUCGCCCACGUGGCGCCCUCCGCCGUGUCGCACCAGUCCCGCGUGGACGUCGUCUCCAGCCCCGCGGUGGUGUCUCACGCCGUCGCUCCCGUGGUGUCUCACGCCUACGCCGCUCCCGUGGUGGCGCACGCCGCCCCGGUGCUCGCCGUGGCUCCCUCCGCCGUCUCCCACCAGUCCCGCGUGGACGUGCGCAGCAGCCCCGCUGUCGUGUCCCACGCCGUGCACGCCGCUCCCGUCUACGCCGCCGCCGCUUACGCUGCUCCCGCAUACGCUGCUCACGGUUACUCCGCGUACGGCGCUCACGCUGGUCUUGCCCAUCUCUUGAAGAAGCGUUCUCUGGCUCAUCUCGUAGCGCCCGUCGUUCACGCUGUCCCCUCGGCCGUGUCUCACCAGUCCCGUGUUGAUGUGAUUUCUGAGCCUGCGGUGGUGUCGACCUACGCUCACGCCGCUCCUGCCGUGUACGCCGCCCCCGCCGUGUACGCUGCACCUGCUGUCUCUCACUUGGCCCCCAUUGCCCACUCUGCCAUCUGGACCGCUCCUCACCACCUGAGCGCUGCGCACUGGUAAAAAGAACUGAGAUUCGACGAAAAUGAUUGUAGUUUUCGUUUUAAUACUUAUUUAUUAAAAUGAAUAGACAAAUAAUAAAAUAAUAUUUAAAUA